CAGUGAAGAAUUCAGAAGCGGUUUGGCUCACCUUCCCAGCAUCCCCCCACCCCCCAAAGGCCAAAACUAAUCUAAGCCUAUCUCCCUCCCUCAAACCCCAACCAGCCCCACCUGCUGCUAGCUAGGGUUUUUCCUCAUUCUUAUCUCUGAUUCAUUCCCUUCACCACCACUUUUCAAAGCCUAAUACCGCCUCACUGUGGUCCGUAUUAGCUCCGCUACAUAUCAGAUGUCAGGGUUUGGAUUUAUCAUGGUUUGAAGUGAGCGGAAGACAGAUGGAAAAGUCAAAAGCACAGUUCAGAGUGAACCCCUUCUCAGUUUUACUUUUCAAAUUUCAGGAUUUCAAAAAUUGAAAGGCUUCCCUAGAAACAUUAUAGUAUAAACUGGGGGACUAAGCUUCUUACUUCUUCUGGUGCCACGUUUGAUAACUUAAUUAGAGUGAGUAUCCCUAGUAAUGGGUUCAUUUCCAGAUACUUCUGAAAUUGUUGAAGCACCAAAAGAGGUGAAUUCAGGUCAAUGCUCCAGGGAAGUAUAUAGAUCACAUUUAGGAUUAAGUGCGGGUGACAAAGAACGGAAGCUUUCUUUGCUCAAACUGGGGUACAAGGAUUCUUUAGAAGAUGAUAUUAAUAAGCUUUUUGAGGCGAUCAACAUUAAAACUUCAUCCAAGUGUUUUGGGCAAUUAGGCACUAGCCCAUUAAAUAGAAAUGCCUCAAAGAAGCCAAUUACAAUGGGUAUGCCUCGUUCACCAAGGAUUGGAAACUCUGAGCCAGCGACCUUGAAGCAAGCAUUAAGGGAGCUAUCACUUACUAAGGCAUCGGAAGUGGCUGCUAUGAAACGGUUAUCAAAGUUGACAGGGUCCACAGGAGCCUCUGAAGCUGGAAGAAUCAAGACAUUAUACAAUGCAGUUGUAGUUGAAGCCAAUAAACCUAGCUCUUCCUUGGACGAGGGUAAGGGAAAUAUGGUUGAAAUAUCCCUUGUGCCAGAACAAAGCACAUCAAAUGAUUCUGAGAGGUUUCCUGAGCAGCAUCAAAUCCACAAGAUGAAAUUAUCGAAUCAGAGUUUUUGUUCUUCUCCUCAGUUUCCUGUUGCAACAACACAAAAUGCUGCAGGGACUGAAACAAUAAAAGAUGAAGGAGUUUCCACAUCAAGGGAAGGUGAGAUUCAAACAAUAAAGUCAGAGGCAGUUCAAAAUGAGAAGCACACAUCUGAACCUUCUCCACCUUGUUCUGAUUCUGGUGGCAAAAUUUUAGAAUCGGUUAAGAAUGUUCCCGCUUCAACAAAGAAGGCAUCAGCACCAAAGGUAGGGCGGAAAGUCAGGUUGCAUACAGCACCUUCAUCUACCUCAGUCAGUGGGAAUAGGGGAAGCAAGUUAUCCAGAAAUACUGCCCGCAUGGUGAAACCAGUUAGCAGGAACAAGAGUUUUGUUAAGAAGAAAAUGAGGCAGGAUUCAGGAUCUGCUACAUGUACAUCUAGUACAUAUAAUGGAGUAGACACUGAGUUGGAUCCUUGUACAAGUCGGCUGGUUUGUGAGAGGUGCCAUUGUACCUUGAAGAAUGCAAGUAAAACAUCAAAUCAAAAUUCCUCAACUCCCCAAUCAAGCAGUCUUAGUGCUGAAGUAAGUUCAACUAAUGUGCAAUCUAGUGCAAACAAGUCUGGCGUUGUUCCAGGUAACUAUAAUAAAAGCGGAGCUGCUCUUGUGAAAACUAAGAAGAACACAAAACCAAGAGAAAAAGGGGAGUUUUCCCAAAGCUCAAAAAGUAGCCAAGGUGACUAUAGUACCAGUACAAGUAUGAGUGAUGAGAGUAAUGUGAGUGGAUCUAGUUGUGGGAACAGACCUCACAUGUCAAAGGAUGUGAGGUGGGAAGCUAUCCGCCAUGUUAGAAUGCAGGAUGGUGUCCUGAGCCUGAAACACUUCAAUCUUUUAAAGAAGCUUGGUUGUGGAGACAUUGGUACUGUGUAUCUUGCGGAGUUAAUAGGUACAAAUUGUCUGUUUGCCAUAAAAGUAAUGGACAAUGAGUUUUUGGCAAGAAGAAAGAAGAUGCCAAGGGCUCAAACUGAAAGAGAAAUACUGAGAAUGCUAGAUCAUCCUUUUCUUCCUACAUUAUAUGCCCAGUUUACAUCUGAUAAUCUAUCUUGUCUAGUGAUGGAGUAUUGUCCUGGUGGAGAUCUUCAUGUCCUUAGGCAGAGGCAGCCUGGCAGGAACUACUCUGAACCAGCAGCAAGGUUUUAUGUUGCUGAAGUCCUCCUUGCUUUGGAGUACUUGCACAUGCUCGGAGUUAUUUAUAGGGAUCUAAAGCCAGAAAACAUUCUUGUCAGGGAGGAUGGUCACAUCAUGCUUACAGAUUUCGAUCUGUCACUCAGGUGCACUGUUAAUCCAACCCUGCUUCAAUCAUCUUCACCUGAAAUGGUUCCUGCAAGGAUGUCUGGUCCUUGUGCACAAUCUAGCUGUGCCGAGCCUUUCUGCAUCGAACCAUAUUGUCAGGUCCCAUGCUUCAGCCCUAGAUUUCUACCAGCUGGUUCUAAAACAAGAAAGUUAAAAAAUGACCUUGCACCCCAGUUCAGGUCAUUGCCACAGCUUGUGGCUGAGCCUACGGAUGCACGGUCCAAUUCCUUUGUAGGGACCCAUGAGUACCUGGCUCCUGAGAUAAUAAAAGGAGAGGGUCAUGGAGCUGCAGUUGAUUGGUGGACAUUUGGAAUAUUCCUAUACGAGCUUCUAUAUGGUAGAACGCCUUUUAAAGGUGUUAAUAAUGAGGAAACUUUAGCAAAUGUGGUGGUGCAGACCCUGAAUUUUCCAGACACCCCACUCGUUAGUUUUCAAGCAAGAGAUCUCAUCAGUGGGCUUUUGGUCAAGGAGCCUGAACAUAGGUUGGGAUCAGAGAAAGGAGCUGCUGAGAUUAAGCAGCAUCCCUUCUUUGAGGGCUUGAACUGGGCAUUAAUACGUUGUGCUAUUCCACCAGAAGUGCCAGAGUUUUGUGAUUUUGAAGUUCCAAGCUUGGUUCCUCAAGAAAAUAAGAGUAGGUACUUGGAAUGUAAAACGACUGCAGAGCACCUGGAGUUUGAGUUGUUUUAGGGUGUAAAAAAAAAAAAAAAAAAAAAAAAAAAAAUCAAUCCACAGUAAGUGCUAUUAGGAGGCGACGCUUGGUGGGAAUCCCUCUCCUUCCCUGUUGUAACUAAUGCCUAGCUUUAUAAUGUAAAUGCGGUAGUACAUGCUAUGCCAGAGCUUCUCAACCUUGGCCAGGGCUAGCUUAGGUUUUAAUUCCAUACGUCGGUUUAGGAAGCCUUAAGCAAACCAAAAACAAAAGAAAUAAAUAAAUAUCUUUCUAAAGGAAA